CGCGGAAAAAGAGGCUCCGCAGGCUCGUGUUUUAACCAACCAGAAAGGCUGAAAGCGCUGCCGCGCUUUUCGCGGUGUACAGCGCUAUCUCCGGAUAUCUGGCGGCGGUGUCGUCUGCUGCGUCAGCCGAAAGCACAUUGUCGUCUACGAACAAUAUACCGGUGCCGAGUGUCAUACAAGGUUCACGGUGCGCUGCUUCAGCCAGGUGUCAACGCUUCGGUGUCGUCUGCUACGUUGCCCGCAUCUGCAAGCAGUAGCGUGUUGUCGUGUGCUGCGCAAGAACGGCUGCUGCAGUGGUGUCGUCUGUUGCUUCAACCAGGUGUCAUCGCGGUGGUGUCGUCUGCUGUGUCACCCAAGCACCCCUUCUUGUCUGAGAGCAGUUACCUACAGUAGAGGGCCGCACAGGAACGGCUGCAGUGGUGUCACUAGCUGCUUCAACUUGUGUCUGUGCGUUGUUGACACCUGCUGCUUCAACCGCGGUGGUGUCGUCCGCUGCGUCAACCAAGUGCCAGAAGACGAGGCUUUCCCUCCGUUGUGUCGCACCUCGCCGCGUGGUCUGCUAAGCGACGAGCCGCCGAGAAUCAUAAGAACACUUGUUGUUUCAACAACCGCCGAUCGCUGUUCUCCCUUAUGUAAGAACUUCAUCGCAGCUGCACAGUGCGCCUUGCCACGCGCAUCAAAUUUACGACGAGCUUCCCUCUCUUGUAGUCAACGUCGGCAGAAGAAAAGGAAAGGAACUUCGCGAGCAACAGCAGGCAAACACACAACGAGUUAUUCCCGCAGCAUUUGAUGUAUUGAGCGCUUGUGCGCGCGCGCCGAGGCCCCUUUAGCUUCGUUCUAUCGCGAACGUUACGCCUUAACACGUAGCUGGUGAACCGACAUUUCAUCUCACUUCUUCAUCAGACGGUUAGAAAGAAAGCAAAAAAGAUGAUCUCGACAGUUGGCGUCCUAGCCUGUUCGCCAGCACACGAAGCGAACUAAACAUUUUCAUCGGAAAACAAACCCGGAAGUAAACUCGUCAGACAGAACGCAGCUAUGACGGCAACGUUGUUGGAUGGACUGAAGCGAACCUGUAAGCCCACGAUAACGAAGGAAUGAAAUAGAGGCAUCAUUUCCGGCGACUAAACGGAAUACGGAAGCACAGUGUCCGCCUCUUCCUACAUACUUCGUUUUGUUCGUCUCUUCACGGUGCCUUCGUCCAAAGAUCAGUCCAAUCGUUUUGAGAACAUCGAUGAUUACAUUCAAGUGCGACGAACGGGUCAAGACUACGUAUGAAGGAUGCUGAAUGACACCGGUGGAGUGCGACGGCAGCUGUGAUCGGCACAGCCAUGACAGCCGGGGACAGCAAGGCAGGCGAUGACGUCAGCGUCGAAGUGGCCGCGGCCAAGCUGGCUACAGAAGGUGCCAAUGGAGAACCGAACAAAGACCCCAAUGGCGGAGCGGGAAAAAGCAUGGAAGGGCAGCCGUACUUGCGCCGCCACAGCAGCGUCGCCCUGUUAGCGCAGGCAGCAUGGCGAGAGGCAGCCGGCAUCUCGGCUGCUCUGGCUACAGGACUCGCCAUCAGCGUCGGAGGACUGCUCAUCGGACUCGUCGAGGUGAUACCUCCGCUGGCGGUGUCCGGCCUGCGGUGCGUUUGCUCGGUGCUCUACCUGCUGCCGGUGAUCGCCCUGUGGAGGCCUCAGCUGCUGGCCGACAAGGGACACCGGCUAGGCCUCGCCGCCGUCUCUGUGGUGCUGGCGAUGCGGGCGCUCACCUUCACGCUGGGCAGCUCCACGCUGCCGCUGGCCGAGUUCUCACUCCUUAUCAACACCAUGCCCGUGUUCGCAGCGAUAUUCGGCUGCGCCAUAUUGGAGGAGCGCUGCGGACCCCGCGAGAUGGCGGCCGGCCUACUCGUGCUCUGCGGCAUCCUCGUGGCCUUCCUACCCACCCUGCUUUUGACACCCGACGUGGGCACCUCCAUAUCGGGCAUCGUCAUCACGCUCGCCUGCGCCCUCUUCCAGGCCAUGGCGUUUGUCAUACUGCGGCGGCUAUCCUGCCAGGUAUCGCCCAUCACAGUGUCCCUUUGGACUUCCGUGGCCACCGUGGUACUCUGCGUCCCCCCCGCAGGAGCGCUGGGCCAGCUCCGGCACCUGGACACUGAGCCUCUGGAUUUGGCCUACACGGCAGGUGCGGGCCUGACGGCCCUGCUGACGGCGUUGCUGCCGACCAUAGCGUGCACGUUGGCCGAGGCUGGUCGCGUGGCCAUCGCCACCACGUCCAGCGUCGUCUUCUCGUUCGCCUUACAGGCUGCCGUGCAGCUCAAGGCGCCCACGCCCUGGGCCCUCGUCGGCGCUGGUUUCAUUGUGGCCGCCGUGGUGUGCUCGAACCUCAAGUGGGAACCCUCGGUCGACAUCUUCGAGAAGCUAAAGCUCAAGGGUUCUGGCGACAAGGACAAAGAUCCAUUGUUCGUCGUCAAAGAUUACGGAACAGUAGCGGUGCCAUUGCCGAACAAGUCGCCUUGAUGCAUGAACGUUUUUUAUGAAUGCUGCUUGCAUUCUGAUGAACAGUGCAUCGGUAUGUGUAGCAGGACUAUAACAUCUGCGCAGUAUUGGAUGUUGUUUAGAGCCAAUGCAUAGCCGUCACCAUCAACAAUGAAAAUACCCUUGCAAGUGAAUGUAUGACACAAAGGUGACAGUAGUGUAGCCAGAAUUUUUUUUGCGGGGGGGGGGGGUGAGGGGGGUUUAACCAUACUUUAUGCUUGUGCGGGCAUUUCUAUGUGUACAUGUAUAUAUGCACAUGCAAAAUUGAGCAAUUUCAGGAAGGGCCUUAACCCCCAAAACCCCUUCUGGCUACGCCAGUGGAAGGCGAUGCCAGUGAAUGCGCAGUUUCUAGACACGCUGUACCACAGACUACACGCCCAAGCCUGAAUCACGUUCUCGAGACUGGAAAAUGAGCAAAUGACAAGGCAGUAUUCUUUGAAUUCCAAUGUACUGUUGACAGUGUGAUCAAAAACUCUGGAAUAGGUGCUGUCUGAAGAUGACGUCUGCGACACGCCUUCGGUGGUUGCAGCAUGUAAAAGCGUAGCUUUCGUAAUGAGCUUCCUAUGGCCAUCCCUUAAGGGAUGCAAUAUGUAAGUACCCGGCGGGAAAGACAUAGAGGCAUUCUGUCUGUUACCACGUCGACUAGGAUCGUCGGAGCGACCGAUCAACUAUAUAGGUACGUUGCUUCAAAGUCUAAAGGGGAUGGAAACAGAAACUAUGUGUUUAUUCUACAUCACGUCAAUUGUCCAAUAGAAGUCAUCUCGCAUAUUACAGCCCGACAAGUACAACAGAAUAUUCGAUCAGCACUGUUUUGCAGACUGCAAGGCAAACAUAGCAUUCAAUGUUGGCUGAAGAACUGCUGGUAACAGGGCUAAGCAAGCUAUUUCCAGCUUUAUGAAUGCAGCAUCACAGAUAACUGCUAGCCACACCACUGCAAUUAGCCAGGGACUGCAUUCACAUGGUGCCGCCAAGUUAAUUUUUUUCAAAUGCUGAAAAAAAAAGAAAACACUCGUACAAGAGAAUGCAACACAAACCAACAUCGUGCAAGAGAGUGCAACACAAACCACUGAUGUUGAUGUUUUAGAAUAUGUUUUAGAACAGUAUCGAAAUACAGUGCUGCUGUAGAUGUAGAGUUAGAGUGUAUUGGUACUUAUCAUUAACAACCAUGUGUUUGUACAGCAAUUACACGAGCUAGCAUAUGUAAGUAGUACCUAUGCUUAUGUGAAACCUAUAUUCCGUAUAUGUCAACAGUAGCUAAAGUUAAUUUUACAAGCUGCUCUGAAAUGUGCAGCUGUUUCUACAAAAGUACAAACAACGUAAAUUUUUCUAGUUUUAUGCUUGUAAAAUCGAUGGCUAAAUUUAUAAUUGAAAUGACAGAAUUGAAAGAGAAGAUGGAUGAGGUUGACAUAACUCGUCGUGGUGCUGACUUCACGAUAGAAAAACCGUUCAAGACUUUGCUGCCCAUCUAGUCUCCAGCACCCCUGUGCACUGUUUUUGCUUGUCAUGAACAAGCACCCGCAACUUCCUGUACUAUGGUGAUAUUCUCUCAAUUCUACGACAUAAACAUCCUAUCAAAAAAAAGUACAGCAGGCAACCAGCUACACUAGAUUGAUGUUAUAUGAAUAAAGUCUGUAGACCUUUUAUAAAAGGCAUGUUUGAAGGUAAAAAAAAGGAAACUGUACAAAGACAAACAUAUUCAAUAGCUACUGUGUUCACUGUAAUCUAUUCAAAUGAUAAUUAUGAGUGGAAUAUUAGGCCUUUCAAACUGAACAUAGGAAUCAAGUCUGGCUACUGCAGUAUCGGGGGAAUAAACUCUGGAAGAAAGCACAAAUUGUUGGCAUAAGUUAGCAGGAAUCCUGAGCAGCACGAAAGGUAAUGUACGUUAGAUUGUGUCUUUGUUUAGCUUGUCUCUAGUGAUACACAUUACAACUUGAGGCUCUGACGUGCCAAAACCAUGAUAUGAUUACAAGGUAUGCCAUAGUGGAGACUCCAGAUUAAUUUUGAUCCCGUGGAGAUCUUUAACAAGCACUGAUAUCAACGUAUGCGGGUGCUUUUGCAUUUUGCUUUCAUCGAAAUAGAACUCGCGCUCUACAACUUAGCAGUGCAUCUUAGCCACUAAGUUACUAUUGCAGGUAGCCUCUAGCGGUCUUCUCUUCUAUAGCCCCACUGCACACUUACAGCCCAUUCGACUGUUUCCUUCAGACUUGUUAGGCAAAAAUCAAGCACACAGAACACACCACUUGGUUAACUUACGGUGCUCUGUCCCAGCAUGGGGGUGCUCUCUCCUUUCAUCUGGCAGUGCAACCAAUAUCCAACAAGAUUUCAGUCACAUGGCUCUUCCGAGUG